AUGGCUCAUGAGAUACCAACAGCUGAAGAAUGCACCACUGUUGCAUCAAAUUUGGAAGCCAUCAUGGAAAGAAUUCGCAGGGCCACUGAUGAGGCCGAAAAAGGCCCGUACUUCAGGGACAGAAGACCAGAACUUGUAGCAGUGUCAAAAACUAAACACCCAUUACUGGUCGAGGUUUGUUAUAAAGCUGGUCAGAGAGUAUUUGGAGAAAAUUAUAUUCAGGAAUUAGAGGAAAAGUCUUCGGCUUUAGCGAAUUCAUGUGCAGAAAUCCAGUGGCACUAUAUUGGACAAAUACAGUCUAAUAAGAUCAAGAAGUUCUCCCAAAUAAAGAACUUGUCGUGUGUUGAAACUUUGGCUAAAGAAGCUCAUGCUCUUGCUCUUAACAAAGAAAUUGAAAAAGCGGGGAGGAAGUUGAAGGUUAUGGUGCAGGUGAAUACAAGUAAUGAGGAACAGAAGGGUGGACUUUCUUCUUCCAAGGCUCUUGAGUUGGCUCACUUGAUUACGGAAAGUUGUCAUGCUUUGGAGUUUCGUGGUUUUAUGACUAUUGGUUCUUUUGAAGUUAGCAUUGGCGAAGGUUUGAACGAGGAGUUCGAAAAGUUGUUCAGUGUUCAUCAUAAUAUCAAAGAAUCGACGUUAGAUUUAUCUAUGGGUAUGUCGCAUGAUUUUGAGACUGCGAUUAAACAAGGUAGUACGAGUGUACGAGUGGGAAGCUUAAUAUUCGGCGCUCGUAAUUACGGCGGAAUUUAA